AUGGCAGCUGGGGCAUGUCGUGAGCACGUUUGGGAUGAUGCGUGGCAUGACGCUCCGUACCGAGCAGAGGACGAAGAGGUGAAGGACGAAGAGGUGCAGGAGACUGCGUCGACGAGUGCAGACCAAAUUCCAGAUCUCGAAAGCUGCGAACAAUGGGAUGAAGGUUUGGAACCAAAAUGCGAACUGGACCCUUAUUUGGCCGACCGUGCCGGCACGAAUACCAAGGAUGAAGAAAGCGAGCCUUCAACAGCUGGCCUGACGCUUCUCACGGGCGAGCUCCUCUCCUUCCUAGAUGGCGCAAGCAAGAACAGUGGCUCGAGCUUCGUCAAGCGGAUGCAGGUCGAAGCUGAUGCGGCAGUUCUGUCGGCUUCGAGACGGCUUUGGCAGCUCGGGGCCCUGGAACCGGGAGAGCUCUACGGCCAAGUGCAGCUCACGGGCUUAGGAACCUGGAUGGCCACUGCGAGGGCGCGUUUACCGCCGUCGGAGCUUCCGUCGCUGUCGCCGGCUGUGUUAAGGGCCCUUUUCUUCGGCUCAGCCUGGAAAUGCCUCGUGCCCGUCGCUGCUGCGAUCGUCUUGCUGCAGCCGCUGCCUGGCGGACUGACGCCAAACAAGGAUUUGAGAAAGCUUUGGCAAAAGGUUCGGAAGAGACCCCCUUCCGGAUCACAGACGUGCUGGUCGGGGCACUUUGUCAUGGUGGCUGCUUACUUGAAGUGGAAGGAGUGGAAGGCCCAGGACAAGGAGAGACAUCGUAAAGGUGAUGUCGUCUGGGAGGCGCUGGAUGCCAGAGUCAUGGCAAUGUGCCGGUAUGCCAACAAUGCUUUAGGGUAUUGUGGCGAUGAUGUAGCUGCGGUUCUGGAUGGAGAGGAAAAUAUGCCACAAGCUACACCAGCAAGAAGAGCAUGGACUGUGCAAGCCAUGCUGGGUGGUGGCGAUGGCGAUGGCGGCAGGCGGGAGCGCGUUCUGGCCGCUCUCUGCGCUGCUCUGGUCCCCCGCCCCGGCGAUGGUUUUUUUCUGCGUGGCGAGGCCAUCGACGGCUUCGAAGUAGAGGUGGAGUCAACCGUCAGCAGUGCUCAUGCCUGCAUUUUCGGGGCAAGCGCACCGCAGAGGGUUUCAGAUAAGGAGGUGGAGUUUGGAGGCGCCCAGUGCCAGCUGAAGCCUGGUCUGGAGGAGUCUUUUGAGGAGGUUCACAAGAUUCGUUCUCAGCUUUCUUUCCAGACAGAGGCGUUGCUGCACAGCCUUGGCGACCAGGACAUGCACGGAACGCCAAAUCCCGACUUUGGUUUUUCCGACGAUCUGAUAUCUACCACUCUUGGGUUCCUGGCCUCACCGCGAGGGGAUUUUCUUGACCGCCCAGAGCAGUCUGCAGUUAUGUCGGAGGGUGCUGCCGAGGAAGUUGGACUUGGCGUUCUGACGCUUCUGGGCCGAGCAGAGGCCGGGAGCCUAUGUGGCCAGGACCAACCCGUGCCAAAGCGCCGCGGCUACAAGGACGCCUUGAGUGGAAGGAUGGUGCCCGCCAAGCUGUGGCAGGCAAGCGGUGCAAGCAGCGGGGACGUCAAGGAAGAGCAUCCGGAAGCGAAGGAGAGACCGGAGAGGCUUGCGAAGGCGAAGGAGAGACCGGAGGUGAGCGAGGAGGGGGAGGGGCGUGAGGAGCGCUGUCUGGAGGACUGGGCGACGAGUCUGGUGCAAACCGCCCUCCUCGCAACGCUGAAGCGCCGGGCCGCUGCUGCGGAGCGCUUCGACGUGGCGGCGAAGCUGAAGCAGCGGGAGCUCGGUGCCGAAGCCGCGGCGGCCGCCGGCCGCACCCGGGCCCUCAGGCUGCUGAGUGCGCCUAAGAUGGCCUCUGUGGAGCAGCUCAACGAGAGAAAGCGGAAAGCCGUGGAGGUGGAGGACUAUGAGCUUGCUGGGUCUCUCAAGCGUGAGGUCCUGACUUUAGAGGCUGAGAUCCAAGCGAUGGCGCAAGACACAGUCCAGAUGCAAGCCCGGGUGCGAGAACAGGCCGUGCGUUUGGUUGCCGCGAUGCUUGGCUGCAAAGGCUCCCAUGGCAGAAGCUGUGAGACGAGCAGGAGACUUCUGAAGGCGGCAGGUGCCGAUGCGCUGAGAGCUGGUGAUGGGUCCGAGAGUGACCUUUGGAUCGAGGGCCUUUAUCCGUUUCUUCGAUUAGCCGACUGGUCAGAAGUGCCGUGGCGGCAGCGGAACGAGCAGAUCAGCACGGCGGACUCGAAAGAUGAGGCGCCUUGGCGGCAAAGGGACUGUGAGUCGGUCGCCACAGUCUUCUGGUCGCGACUGUACCAGGUUCCGAGCACGGAUCCAGAGCGAUCCGAGGGCAUGCUGACGAUCUACCUGCACCGAUCCUGCCUGAAGCUGAAGCGCCCGUUUUCCAGGACCUUGUCUCUUCGCGAGUCCGAGGGCGACCGAGCCUUCAAGAUGAUUACGUUCCGGAAGCCGUGCGCCUGUGAGGCCUGCGAUCCAAAGGAGCUGGUCGAGAGGCGAAGUCCCCUGCUGGACCUCACCGGCGACGCCCUUCCCAGCUUUGGCAGGUCCUCCUCGUCACCGCAGCUCGGGGCCAGAGCUUCGAGCCGCACCCGGUCGCUUUCUCCAGGGCCCGGAAAGGCCCCGCCUCUUCGCUCUGCGCCGGUUUAUUGCGACUGGAGUUCGCUCUACGUUCUUCAUGGCCAACCAGGCAUUCUACAAGCGCAGGCUUUGCGCCGGCUGCGAGAUCAUCAGGAGGACACUCUGCUCCAAUACGGCGCGUCGCGUUCACCCACCGUUUGGGAAUCGCCAUCCUCACGGAGCGCUGGCAAGAGUUGCGCUUACCAGGCGACGAAGGAGCUUCAACGUCCGAUCCCCACACCGCGGACUCCUCGUGCGAAGUCGGCAUCCUUGCGGCGGCAGCAAAGCGCUCCAAGCAUCCGGCAGUCGGCGCAGCGGAGCGAGCGGAGCGAGGGAGCAGCUGCCCGGAGCACCCGGAAGGAGCCUCGUAGUUGCUCUGCUCGCCGGCGCUGCGAGGGUCCGGCAGAGGAGCCUGUGUUGGAGGAGGAGAAGCGAGAUGCAACAAAGCUUCCACUGACUUUCGAGACCAUGUUCGGUGCAACAGGUGACGAAGUCUCACUGGAGAACCGGGAGGACGUUGAAGCCAUCCUCAGGGACUUGCACUCGGUGGCACAUCCUCUUUGUGAGCACUUUCGCAUCAGGUAUGACUUCUUGCUGGAGCAGCACUGCCAGGAGCGAAAGGCAGGGGUGGCGCGCAGGACGCCCAAGUGGAUGGGCGGUGAGGAGCGCUACCUCACGACUGUUCGUUUGCGGGUGCGCAGGCACCCUGCCAAGGGUGAUCCGCAAAAGGACUUCAUUGGACGAGGUGCCCAGAUUGCAGUCCUUCUCCACGAGCUUGCGCAUCUGCGGCACAUGAACCAUGGUGAGGAGUUCAUGUUCUUCCUCAAGGACAUCUUCACAGAAGCCGCGCGGCGGAAGUUGCUAGAUCCGACAAUUUCGAACGAGUUGCCAUCCUGCCGUGCUUGGGAGAACCUGAUCUAUCAGACAGGUGGGGAUGUUGCAGACGAGGAGUUGAUGCGGCUUUUCGACCCCAGCGGAGAUCCCACCAGCUGCGCCACGCCAAGGAACGGCCCUCGUGACCUUGCUCCUGAGAUCGCGGCGAUUCAGACAUCUGCCAGCCAGCCAAGCUUGGGCGGCUUGGGGCACAGAGGAGCUGAAGGGGCCAAAGAGGUCCGGUUGGAUGCGCCAGAGACGCACAACGUCCCCGAUUCGGCUGUUCCGCAUCCGGAUGACCAGCAGGAGAGCCCGCAAGCACCAGGUCCUUCGAGUCCAGAGGAGCAGGGGAACGGCGGAGCCGCUGCUCCGCCGAAGAGGGAGGAAAAGGCGCCGAAAGCGCUCAACGCGCCCCCUGACCGGUCCCGAAAGCUGAAAGAGAAGAAGACCGAGGCCUCUCAAGGCCAGGCGGCCUCUCAAAGCCCUGGCCAGACCAAGGCCUCUGGCGGCCCUCCCAAGGAGAGAGUGCAGCCGAAAGCGCAGCCGAAAGUGCGGACGAGUCCAAGCACUCACCGCGACAGAGCUGCGCCGCCUGUGCCCACGGGAAGGCAGGGCGCUGCGCGCGCGGCACGCCCCUCGUCUGUCCCGUGCGGAGGUGCCGAGUCAAAGCGGAAGCCGGGCGGAGUUUGCGAAGAGGGUCAGGCCAGCCGAGGCCGGGUUCUGAAACCGAAGAGGACCCAGGUGCAGCGAGUGGAAUUGGCAUGA